AUGUUUGCAGGACCUGAUGCUACUAUUGUAACGAAACCGACAUUCAAGUUCUCGUUCUAUCCUCCCAUUCAAUGGACUUACUAUACUCCUCCUCCACCAGCUGGAAUACAACCCGAACAGGCUGCAGUGUAUCCGGAACAGCAAGCUUCACUGAAUGAUGCGCACAGAGUGAUGAAAAAUGAUAUAGAUGCAGCUAUCUUAAAAUCACUCAACAAAAUUGGAGUGGUAGCACGAGGUACAACUUGGCAAACAAGCGGUUAUACUCCUCAGAACUGCCUUAUUCGUACGAAUAAUGGCCAACAGGGCUGGAGAGCUGUAGGCACUUGUGUACCACAAAUCGGAGCAGUAACAACAAUCCGUACCGUCGUCGACUCCGAUACUGGCACAGAUAACGCAAAGAAUGGUUUGCUUCGCGUCACUACUCCUCUACUUGUAACACGCUCUCAGUGGAAGUACCUUGCUUCCGAAGUUUAUAACCAACUCAGUGUAUACUCUAAAGUCUAUUUCACAUCUCCGAUUGAACUUCAAUAA